AUGUCCAGAUUGUUGCGCUCAAAAUGGAGCUGCUUGGGAGAUGAGUCAUACUCAGUUUUCUCCAGAAAUCUAACCUCCAGACGAAAACGGAUUGAAUACGACACGGUGCUGCAUCCUCGCGACUUCUGCAACUGGGACAAGCACGUCAGCAAAAAAUUGCCAUGUGUUUUUCGUGGAGCCGUAAAGGAAUCUGGAGCGUACAAACUGUGGACAGACAAGUAUCUGAGUGAGAAUUAUGGAGACAAUUUGGUUCUAUAUGAGAAAAGGAGUGAGGAUCGACAGAAGCUCGCAAAGAAAAUGCUAUUGAGGGAUUUUAUUAAAAAGUACAAAGUGAUUGACUUGGGGUAUAUGAAUCCUGAGCUGCUCAGAGCAAAUCUGAGAAUAGUUCUCAAUGAUGAAAAGGUGGUCACUCAAGAGAAGUUUAAUGACCUUGUUCUUACUGGAGCAGAAAUAGCCGUAUCUCCUCAAGAUGUAUUUGCUUUAUUGGAUAGACAUGGUCGAGGCUAUCUCACCGAAGAUGAUAUAAAUACUAUGCCUUCUGACUUGUUGAAGCAAUUUGCACGAGCUACUGAUCCACCACAUGGUGAGUAUGAGGAUGAAGAAGAGGAGAGUGAGGAUGAUUCUGUGAACGUGACUGGUCAAGAUGAUCACAGUGAACUUUGAUUCAUGCAAAGUCAUCUCAUCUAUGCUGUAUCAGUGAUUUAUUUUUUCUAAUUGGGCAAUAACCAAUCUGUAGUUUGUUUGUGGCUUUAAAAUACCAUGGUGUAGCACAUACUGUAUGUACAUGUAUAUAGCUGGUCAGUCAGACCAAUGGUAAAGAAUUUUGGCUCUAUACAGCAUAAGCAU